GAAGCCGCGUCUGUUCGCGUGUCGUCCGUCGCGCUCGCUCGCAGCGGCGCACUGUCCAGACCCGGCCAUGGCUUCGACCACCACCUGCACCCGCUUCACCGACGAGUACCAGCUCUUCGAGGAGCUCGGAAAGGGGGCAUUCUCAGUGGUGAGAAGAUGUAUGAAAAUCCCUACUGGACAAGAGUAUGCUGCCAAAAUUAUCAACACCAAAAAGCUUUCUGCUAGGGAUCACCAGAAACUGGAAAGGGAAGCUAGAAUCUGCCGUCUUUUGAAGCACCCCAAUAUUGUGAGACUUCAUGACAGUAUAUCAGAAGAGGGCUUCCAUUACUUGGUGUUUGAUUUAGUUACUGGAGGUGAACUCUUUGAAGACAUAGUGGCAAGAGAAUAUUAUAGCGAAGCUGAUGCCAGUCAUUGUAUACAACAGAUUCUAGAGAGUGUAAAUCAUUGUCACCUAAAUGGCAUAGUUCACAGGGACCUGAAGCCUGAGAAUUUGCUUUUAGCUAGCAAAUCCAAAGGAGCAGCUGUGAAGCUGGCAGACUUCGGCUUAGCCAUAGAAGUUCAGGGCGACCAGCAGGCGUGGUUUGGUUUUGCUGGCACACCUGGUUAUCUCUCUCCAGAAGUCCUACGUAAAGAUCCUUAUGGAAAACCAGUGGAUAUGUGGGCAUGUGGUGUCAUCCUCUACAUCUUGCUGGUGGGGUACCCACCAUUCUGGGAUGAAGACCAGCAUAGACUGUAUCAGCAAAUCAAGGCUGGAGCUUAUGAUUUUCCAUCACCAGAAUGGGACACAGUGACUCCUGAAGCCAAAGACCUCAUCAACAAAAUGCUUACCAUCAACCCUGCCAAACGCAUCACAGCCUCUGAGGCUCUGAAACACCCAUGGAUCUGUCAACGCUCUACUGUUGCCUCCAUGAUGCACAGGCAGGAGACUGUAGACUGCUUGAAGAAAUUCAAUGCUAGGCGGAAAUUGAAGGGUGCCAUCUUGACAACUAUGCUGGCUACGAGAAACUUUUCAGCAGCCAAGAGUUUGUUGAAGAAACCGGACGGAGUCAAGAAAAGGAAGUCCAGUUCGAGUGUUCAGAUGAUGAUAAACAACAAAGCCAACGUGGUAACCAGCCCCAAAGAAAAUAUUCCUACCCCGGCGCUGGAGCCCCAAACUACUGUAAUCCACAACCCUGACGGAAACAAGGAGUCGACCGAGAGCUCAAACACUACGAUUGAGGAUGAAGAUGUGAAAGCUCGAAAGCAGGAGAUCAUCAAAGUCACUGAGCAGCUGAUUGAAGCUAUCAACAAUGGGGACUUUGAAGCUUACACAAAAAUCUGUGAUCCAGGCCUCACUGCCUUUGAGCCUGAAGCUUUGGGCAACUUGGUGGAAGGGAUGGACUUUCACAGAUUCUACUUUGAAAAUGCUUUGUCCAAAAGCAAUAAACCAAUCCACACUAUCAUCCUGAACCCUCAUGUGCACCUGGUGGGGGAGGACGCAGCCUGCAUAGCAUACAUUCGGCUCACACAGUACAUGGAUGGCAGUGGAAUGCCAAAAACAAUGCAGUCAGAAGAGACUCGCGUGUGGCACCGCCGUGAUGGGAAGUGGCAGAAUGUUCACUUUCAUCGUUCGGGGUCACCAACAGUACCCAUCAAGCCACCCUGUAUUCCAAAUGGGAAAGAAAACUUCUCGGGAGGCACCUCUUUGUGGCAAAACAUCUGAAAACCAUUCACAUUUGGGUCUUCUAAUUGUCAACAGUGCCACUUCUGCAUUCUGUUCUCCAGGCACCUGGAGGGUAAUCCUGGGACGUCCUCUCCUCCUCUUCAUGCAUGUUUCUGAGUGCAUGGAGUUGUGAAGGUUCUACAUGUAAUGCAUACGUGACGCAUCAUCUUACCAUGUAUUCCUUCCUAUACAUUGUUUACACUCCAGCUACUGGAUGGGAUGCUCCAUGCAAACAUAAAUUACUGUUGGCAAACUAUAGCAGGAGGUCAGACAAGAAAAUUCCACAAUAUUCCAAGUUCAGCUGAUCCAUCAGGUUUCUCUGUUUAUGCCAAGGUUUAGAAGAUUUAAUUAAAAUUAUUGUUCUCUGAA